AUGCCAGGAACAUUUCUUGCUAACAGGGAGUUUAGCCGGAGCUUUUAGUUGACAGUACCAGAGACGGACCAAUGGGAGAAACAUAUCCGACUGUCACGAAUUCUCAACGAUAACGGAUUAAAAACGAAACCGCCGCUGAAAUACUUUACAAACAUUUAUCCAAUAGCUACUCUCAGUUCGCACUUAAUAUUUUUCACAAGGAUCUACGACGCUCGUCGUGUCAGGCGGUUCGCUACAGACAACAAUAACAAUGGCUUCUGGGUCGCCGUCGUCCUCCCCGGACACUGCGACGGGCUCAGGUACAGACCCAGCCCGGCCCGACACAGGGGAGCCCCUCGGCGGAGCAGGCUCAGACUCCGACUCAGACCUGGGUUUGGGAAAAUUUGACUGCAGCGCCAUGGAUAUGGGAGACCGGCUGGAGGGAGAGGAGCUGGAGAGGGAGUUUGAGUCUGCAGUCGACCGCGUACGAGAUCUGGUUCAGACGGCCAGUAGGGACCAGCUGCUGUACCUGUAUGCUCGCUACAAACAGGUCAAAGUGGGAAAGUGCAAUACACCAAAGCCUGGCUUCUUUGACUUUGAAGGACAGAGAAAAUGGCAAGCCUGGAAGCAGCUUGGAGACAUGGAGGCAGAGCAGGCAAUGCAGGAGUACAUUUCCUGUGUCAACGUGUUAGACCCUGAAGGCAGCACGAAGGAAAGACAAGGAGCAGAGAGGAGAACAGCCUUCGGAGGAGCAGCAGUCAGCUCUCUGUACCAGGAGGAGAUGAUCAGGGAAGAGGAUAAGAACAUCUUUGACUACUGCAGAGAAAACAACAUUGACCACAUCAGCAAGGCCAUCAGCUCCCAGAAAGUGGAUGUCAAUACUAAAGACGAAGAGGGCCGGGCUCUCCUGCACUGGGCCUGUGACAGAGGACACAAGGAACUGGUGUCUGUAUUACUCCAGCACAAAGCAGACAUCAACAGUCAGGAUAAUGAAGGACAGACAGCACUACAUUACGCAUCUGCGUGCGAGUUUGCCGACAUCGUGGAGCUUCUGCUGAACGCUGGAGCUGACCCGUCCAUCAAAGACAUGGAAGGCUCUCUCCCUGAGGAGGUCACUGAAUCCAGCGCCAUCUCCUCUCUCCUGCGCCAGUACACUGCUCCAAAAGGCUAGAUCGCUUUUACCUACCCACCACCCCUGUCCUAAUCUCAUCUCCACUCCACUCAUUCGCCCAGCCUCCCCACCAUCCCUGAUUCAUCCCUGAAGAGACUCUGUUCGACCCCAGCAGUUAGUAGACCAGGUUUGCAGGAGUUUUAUUUGAUUUUAUUUCCAAAUACUUGUGGUGAGUUUGAUUUCAUCGGCUUACCUUCUUGGAACUAAGGGUAUAAACAUUUUCCCUCCCACAUGAAAUGAAAAACACCGCAUGUAUUUUCAUCCAUCAAAAUACUGUAUAUUGACUUUAUCUGCUCAGUAGGUUUGGGUGGUGUGAUGAUUACUGUAAGACAAUAGGGGUGUAUCAGCUGGUACAGACUAUAUGCUAUACUGAGGUAGCUAUACAUUUGCAGGCAAUAUUGCAGGACUGCUUAUUGGCAAUAUUGGAACGACAGGGUUUGUGCAUCAGCGCGAUGAAGUAUCUGGUUUUGUCAGGUAUCUAAAUCACUGGAGGAACCAAAAACACACAUUCCCAUCCACUUAUGUUAUCCAUAAACAGUAUAAAAUUCCAGCAAAAUCAUGAUAUCACACUAUUCAUUGUUAUUGCAAUAUAAAAUGAUGUAUACUGUAAAAGAAGAUUUUCUACAUGUCACCCACUCCUACUGUCCAGGCCUGACCACCAGCCAGGCCUUUUAGUAUGGGUCAGCCCUCUCUGAAAGUUUACAUUAUUGCAGGUUUGUUCAUGAUUCGGUUGUGUUACAUUCAAAGGAAUGCUUUAAUCAUUUGACAUAUAUCAUCAUUAAAGUCUUCAACAAGACUGA